AUGGCUUCGGACACCGAGGACAUGUCUUCUUCGAAUUUGGACUAUGACGAGGCUGCGGACGUGGUCAAGUUGGCCAAUCAGCUCUUGACGACAUUCCGGGUGGCCUUCUCUCUGGUCACCAUCAUUAUGGUCGUCGGCCUGGUCGCCAACGGGUUCGUUCUCUUUGUCAUCCUGCGGAGCAAGAAGCUACGAAACACCGUCUACAACGUGUACAUCGUCAGUCUCUGUGUCUCAAGUUUCCUUUUCCUUCUGGUUUGGGGAUUGACUGACGUCAUCACCUUCGGGAUAUAUCUUCACAAGGAAAUCUUCCACGUUGAGACGGACUCGAGGAUAAGGAAACUGCUGGCCGGCUGUGAAGCGACCACUAUGGUGGUUAACUGUUUCAUGAUAACGGCCUUAGCCGUGGAUAGGUACAUCAUCAUAGCACGUCCUGCGUCGCUACAUAAUAGGAGAACAGUCAAGAACGCCCUCGUCGCCUGUGGCAUUGUUUGGGCAGUUGGAUUUCUCACUGCGUGUACAGCCAUUCCUGUCGACUUAUUCACCAGUCUGAAGACGGUCUAUGCAAUCCACAUCUUCUUCUUCAUCUUCACCUUCGUCAUCCCCGUCGUCAUCAUCGCCGUUUGUUUCGGUUUGACGGUCAGGGCUGCGGCAACGAAGCGUAACGCUACGACGCUGUCUCCGACUGGUCGCCGGAGCCUUGCGCGUAAAACCCGCUUCCUAGCAUUGAUCGGGGGAGUUUCGCUCUCAUUCUUCCUCUGUUGGGGAUACUGGCAUAGCUACUACUUGGCAAUAUGGCCAUAUUUUUUCAAUGGUCAAUUCUACCGGGCGAAUGUCGUCGUUCAUAUCGUCGUUAACAUGCUUACCGACAUCCUAGUUCUCUUCAACGCGGCGCUCAACCCUUUUCUCUACGCCCUGAACCGAGCCUACAUGAAGCGCCAUCUCGUCAGCCUUUUCCCUUGCGGACGCAAAAGUACACAUGCAGCAGAUAUGAGUAACGGGCGGCCGGAUGGAAUGGAAUCAACAGAAAGUGACUCAGUAACGCCGAGUGGUGACGGUGUCACUUUCAAUGUUGCGGAUGAAACGGUAGCGGAAAGAGUGCCAAACUCUCCAGCUAGCAAUUAAAAUAUAAGCCUAGUUUCUUUAUACCCAUCGAUUAACAGCAUUCGGAAAACUAAACAACGUCUUAUUAGCAAAUCGUGUGA